CCCAACUUUCUCUCUUCACUUCGGCUUCAGAGUUCAGUCUCAUCACUAACAAGAAGAAAUUGAAGUUUCUCUACUUCUUCUGUCAAAUCAAAGGCUUCGCAAUUCUCUCCCAAACCUGUUAAGGAUGGGGGAUGGUGGUGAAGAGGGCCAAAUCCAACUAGCUAGAAAAGUUAGAGGACCAACUACCUUGAAGUUUCUGGAUGCGCUACUACCAGGACAGAAAUUUCAAGUUGAAUCUUGGCUUAAUUCACCCGUCGGACCAAAUUCUAAUUACAUGUCUAUGUUCAUUAGCCACCUACCUAAAGACGGCAACAAUUUACCAUUGAAUGUACCGUGGACUCAGAUGCCGGCUGGGUCUAUUCUGAACGCUAUUUUGGAAGUUAAGAAAUUUUUUGAUUACCCGGAUGAUUUGAAUGAUUGGAUUAUAGCUAAGCUGCACGAUAGGUGGAAUAGUCACAAACAUGAUGUAAAAAAAGAAGGAUUCUAUAAGUACAAUACUCUGGAAGAGCGUCUUGCUAAUCGACCCAAUGAUGUUGUUGAGAGCCAGUGGGAGCCAUUGAUUGAGUACUGGCAAAAUCCUCUCCAGUCUCCAUGAAGAUGGUGAACGGUGGUGAAGAGGGCCAACUACUAGCUAGAAAAGUUAGAGGACCAUCAACCUUAAAGUUUUUGGAUACUCUACAGCCAGGACAGAAACUUAAAGUUGAAUCCUGGCUUAAUGCAGCCGUGGGACCAAAUUCUGCUUACUUGACUACGUUCAUUAGUCAUCUAGCUAAAGAUGGAAAUAAAUUACCGUUGACAAUAGCAAAAUGGAAUCAAAUGCCGUCUGUGUUCGUUCUGAAUGCUGUGUUGGAAGUAAAGAAAGUAUUUGAUUGCCCGGAUGAUUUGGAUGAUUGGAUUGUAGCUAAGCUGCACGAUAGGUGGAAAAGUCACAAACAUUUAGUAAAAAAAGAAGGAUUCUAUAGGUACACUACUCAGGAAGAACGUCUUGCUCAUCGACCCAAGGAUGUUGUUGAGAGCCAGUGGGGGCUAUUGAUUGAGUAUUGGCAAGAUCCUUGCACAGAAGAAAAUUCUGCUAAAAUGAAAGAAAGAAAUGCUAAACAAACUGUUCGACACAGUGGCGGCCCCAAACCACAUGUUAAAUAUGCAGCAGAGUUAGAAGCUAAGCUUGAAAGACCCCCUACAGCUCAGGAGAUAUACGAUGCUACCCAUGGGAAGCGAAAGAAGCAAAUGGAUGCCCUUGAAUACAAGCCAAGCCAGCAUAGCUCUGAAAGCUCUGCAACCAGAGAAAAUGAUGCAAUCUUGCAGCUUACAGGACAGGAUUUGGCGUCUCCUGUUUCUUCGUCAAAAAAGAUGAAGAUGAGUGCAGAAGCAUCUGGCUCUCGGGAAAUAAACACAGUAGUACCGGCUUCGCUCAAGAUCUAAAUCUAUUCC